GCCCUGAGGUUAUCUUUUGAAGUCUAUGAAUACCGUGUGGAUCGGCUGCACUUCGUUUAAACUUGCGAAAAUGAAGCCUCUGAUUGUUCUCUGUGCUUUACUGGCCCCUACCUCUGCAUUAUGGAAGCUAACGGAUCCAGUAGAUGUUAAGGACUGUGGAUCAAUAUUAGCCUCCAACAUCACAGUCGAUAUUACACCAUGUCCGGGUCUACCAUGUCCAUUCAAGAAAAAUAACUUUGCUAAUAUUUCCAUCUCUUUUACAGCUGAAAGUCCCAUAAGUAUGGCCACAUCAUCAGUCUAUGGAAUUAUCGCUGGAAUACCUGUACCCUUCCCAUUGCCCAAUGACAAUGCAUGCCAGUUUAUGAGUUGUCCCAUUCAAAAGGGAGAUAAUGUUGUCUAUAAAAAUGGCAUUUUAGUCGAUGCAAUGUUUCCAAAGAUUUCAUUAAUAAUGAAAUGGGAGCUCUUGACUGGAUUAGCAAAUAUCCUUUGUAUCACAGUCCCAGUGUCCAUCGAAGGCUGAGACCCAAGGUCAAUACCAUGCAGUUGUCAAGCAUUUACUGGAAGACUUUUUCUUAACUUUUUGUUUUUAAUCAAAGAUUCCAAUAGAUCUAACUAGAUCUAUUACUUAUAUAAAUAAAUUGACAAAGACUUU